AUGCAAUACGUGGCAGCUGCUGGAGCCCUUGCGUUCGUUGUAUUAACGAGCCGCAAGAAAGACGUACGCCUGGUGACGAACGGCGAGUUCACGUUUUGGGCGAACUACGAAGCAACAGGCGGCCGCGAUGUGGUGGAGGCGGUCAGGAAGUUUCUUCGUCGAUUGAAUGAAAAUGUCGCGCACCCUUUCCGCGCGUGUGCCUUCCUCGUCGGAUCUCGAUGCAAGAAUGUCUGCGUUCCGGAUUCCGAUGCGGACGUUAAGAUCCAAUUUCAAGGUUCCGGAUAUCGGGGGACGGUCGGAAAGGAAAUCGACCGGUCCACCUGGGAAUCGUUCGGGCAUUAUCUGGGACAAGAAUUCAACACCUUUUGGACAACAAAGGUUCGUCAGGCGAAAGACGGAUGCAUUUACGUUGUCGACUUCGAGUACAACGGCGUCCGGUUGUCUAUUGAUGUGGGACCAAUGUGCGCAAGUUUUUUGCCGUCCGACUGGUCUACUACUCGGACUUCGUACACGGGUGAAAAGCAGGCGGCUAUUCGCGGGAUCAAGAAGCAUAGAGAAUUCCGCGGCAGUGGAAUAGAUGCAGAACGUUGCAUUAAUCAAGUAGCGUCAUGCUACAUUGAUGACGCGCUGGGCCUGUACAUGAAGGGCUGCAGACUUUUGGACCUCAGUCCAGAAUUCGAAAGGGCAUAG